UUUGUUUUGCCUUAGAAAAAAAUUAAAAUUAAAAUUAUAUAUUUUUUUGAUAUGUACUAAUUUUUGGUUUUCUCUCUCUCACUCUUUCUCUCCCCCAAACCUUUUGUACUACCCCAAUUAACCAUUACCAUACACAUACUCUCCUCUCCAUCACGCCACAAACGCAUCUUCAUCGCAUCUCCAUCACCAGUGGCUCCUCUCGAAGGUGUUUCCAGCUGUUACUUUGAUUUGCUUAGUAUUGAGACAGAUCUCUAGGGAAGAAUCUUGAUUGAUUUUAUCUUCACCUUUCGAUCUACAAAGAUCAAUUUGGGAUCGAAGGUGUUUUGUGAUGGAAGCUAGAGUUGAAGGUGAGGGUCAACAUUUCUAUGGAUACAGAGGCAAAAGGAGCGUGGAGUGGGAUCUGAAUGAUUGGAAGUGGGAUGGUGAUCUCUUCAUAGCAACACCGUUGAAUCCUGGUGUUAGCCAAACCAUGGGGCGUCAGUUUUUCCCACUAGGGAACUCUUCGAAUAGCUCUUCUUCUUGCUCUGAGGAAGGGAAUGGUAAUAUUACAAGAGAAGUUGAGAAGAGAAGAAGAGCUGCUGCUGCUGCUACAGGGGAAGAUACUGAUAAUAAUAAUAAUAAUGGUGGGCUUAGUUUGAAGCUGGGAGAGAAUGGUUAUGAUCUUAAUGGUGAAAGAGAAGGGAAGAAGACGAAACUCGGAGGAGGAAGUGGGACAAAUCAUCGCUCGGUUUGUCAGGUGGAGAGCUGUGAAGCUGAUCUUAGCAAAGUUAAGGACUAUCAUAGACGUCAUAAGGUGUGUGAGAUGCAUUCUAAGGCUACUAGUGCACUCGUCGCUGGAAUCAUGCAACGGUUUUGUCAGCAAUGUAGUAGGUUCCAUGUUCUUGAGGAGUUUGAUGAAGGAAAGAGGAGCUGCCGUAGACGUUUGGCUGGGCAUAACAAACGUAGGAGGAAGACAAAUCCUGAACCUGCCGCCAAUGGGAAUCCCCUGAGUGAUGAUAAUCAAUCAAGCAAUUAUCUGUUGAUUUGUCUCUUGAAGAUACUCUCCAAUAUGCACUCAGCCAAUGGAUCAUCAGACCAUCAAGAUUUGAUGCCUCAUCUUCUCAAGAGCCUUGUCAGCCAUGCUGGUGAACAGCUAGGGAAGAACUUGGUCGAACUUCUUCUACAAGGAGGUUCGGGUUUGCUUGCAGCUCCUCAAGAGGAUUCGAAGCAAGCUCCUGAGAUUCCUCGGCAGGAACUGUAUGCCAAUGGGAACAGAUCAGAGAAACUACAAACCAAAGUAAAUGAUUUUGAUCUGAAUGACAUCUACAUAGACUCUGAUGAUGGCACAGAUCUCGAAAGAUCUUCUCCUCCUACUACUACUACGAAUCCAGCAACAAGCUCUCCUGAUUAUCCUUCCUGGAUACAUCAGACUAGUAGGAACUCAGAUUCAGCAUCUGACCAGUCACCAUCAAGCUCCAGCGAAGAUGCUCAGAUGCGCACAGGGAGGAUUGUGUUCAAACUAUUUGGGAAAGAGCCAAAUGACUUUCCUCCUGUCUUGCGUGGACAGAUUCUUGACUGGCUAUCUCAUACUCCAACUGACAUUGAGAGCUACAUUAGGCCUGGUUGCAUCGUAUUGACCAUUUAUCUUCGUCAAGCUGAAACUGCUUGGGAAGAACUUUCUGAUGACAUGGGCUUUAGCUUGAGCAAGCUUCUAGAUCUCUCAGAUGAUCCUCUAUGGACAAGUGGAUGGAUUUAUGUUAGGAUGCAAAACCAAUACGCAUUUGUGUUUGACGGUCAGGUUGUUGUUGACACUUCUUUACCGCUAAGAAGUUAUGAUCACAGCCACAUUAUUAGUGUUAGACCGCUCGCUGUAGCUGCAACAGGAAAGGCUCAGUUCACAGUAAAAGGCAUCAAUCUCCGUCGACCUGGCACCAGGUUACUUUGUGCUGUAGGAGGAAAAUACUUGAUUCAGGAGAAUGAUGAUCUCAAGGAGAGUAAUGAGUGUGUCAGUUUCUCUUGUGAUUUGCCUAUUACAAGCGGUAGAGGAUUCAUGGAGAUUGAAGACCAAGGAGGACUCAGCAGCAGUUUCUUCCCUUUCAUAGUGGUUGAAGAAGAUGACGUUUGUUCUGAGAUCCGUAUACUCGAAACCACGUUAGAGUUCACUGAUACUGAUUCCGCUAAGCUAGCUAUGGAGUUCAUUCAUGAACUCGGUUGGCUACUUCGCAGAAGUAAGCUCGGUGUGUUCUCAUUAGCACGUUUCAAGUGGCUCAUCGAGUUCUCAAUGGACCGAGAGUGGUGCGCUGUGAUCAGAAAGCUACUGAAUAUGUUCUUUGAAGGAGCUGUUGGUGACUCUUCCUCUGAUGCCGCCGCGCUAUCAGAACUGUGCCUUCUUCACAGAGCCGUUAGGAAAAACUCUAAGCCUAUGGUGGAAAUGCUCUUGAGAUACGUCGUUCCUAACCAGCAAAGAAUACACAGCUUGUUUAGACCUGACGCUGCUGGUCCAGCAGGUUUAACACCUCUUCACAUUGCAGCUGGUAAAGAUGGUUCAGAAGAUGUGUUGGACGCUCUAACAGAAGAUCCCUCAAUGGUGGGGAUUGAAGCAUGGAGAACAUCUAAAGACACCACAGGCUUUACACCAGAAGACUACGCUCGUUUACGCGGUCACUUCUCAUACAUCCACUUGAUCCAACGCAAGAUCAAUAAAAAGUCAGCAACUGAAGAUCAUGUUGUGGUCAAUAUCCCUGCGUCCUCUAUCUCAGACAGAGAGCAGAAAGAAACCAAAUCAGGUUCUUCAGCGUUGGAGAUCACACAUGGAAACAACAAGCUUCAGUGCAAGCUCUGUGACCAUAAGCUGGUGUAUGGGACAGCACGCCGGUCUGUAGCAUACAGACCAGCUAUGCUGUCAAUGGUGGCGAUUGCUGCGGUUUGCGUCUGUGUGGCACUUCUCUUCAAGAGUUGCCCAGAAGUGCUUUAUGUGUUUCAACCGUUCAGGUGGGAGUUGUUGGACUAUGGAACAAGAUGAGUGUGUAAGUCUAUGUUGAAGAAUCUUCUAAGUUAUAAAUAAAAUAAAUGUUACUUUAUAUAAAUGUGUGAUUUCUAUAUUGUAAUAUAUAAAGAGAUAUAGAGACAUGUGUUUAGAAGGUUGUUGUGUGUAAAAGCUUCUCUUUUCUCUCUGGAACCUGAGGAUUCUCUUUCUGUAACUGAUUAGUAUUUUUUUUUUUUGGUUGACAUGAUUAUAUUUUUGUAAUUUUAACAAUGGAGAUGAUGUUUGUACUAUAGUUAAUUUUCUUCUGUUG